AUGUCGUUCCGGGAAUUGCGCUCCUUCGCGGAGACGAUGCGGCUGCUGGGGUACCCUGGCCUCAUUAGCAUGGAAUCAUUUCGCAACCCGAACGUCGAGUUAGUGGCGGACAGCCUUUUCUGGCUUAUCAAGCGUUACGAACCGUCUGCGGAGAUCGUGUACGAGAUUGAGCGGGAGGCUGACCGCGUCUUCUUCUUCAAGCAAAUAUGUGAGGUUGCCCUGGCGAAAGGGCGCAUUAAGCUGAACAUCAAGAAGCUCUACCAAUCGGAUGGGAAUGCGGUGCAGGAGAUGUUGAUCCUCGCAAAUGUUCUCAAGAAGGCCAUGAACGCGACAGGGGCCGAGGAGCCUGACCAUGCUGGCUUACAACAGAUGGUUGCCCAAAAGAACGUGCAGGACGCCAAGCGGGUGCAGCAGCUGUGCAGUGACCUCACAGGCGACGGCAGCAACCUCUUUUUCCUCAUUGAGGAGGAGAUAUCGCAGCGGUCAGAGCGGCAGCGUGUACUGUCACGUGCGACGGAGGUGGGGGAGUUUGAGCGGCGCCUCCGUGAUGUCCUGUCAAGUGUGGGCAAGCAGGUGGAGCAGCUGCAGUCUACUAUUGCCAACCUCGCCGCUGAUGAGACAACAUUGGAGCAGAAGAUUGAGAGCAAAAAGACACAGCUAGAACGGGCGCAGAAACGGCUUAAAUCUCUUAUGGCUGUGCGCCCCGCCUUCAUGGAGGAGUACGAAAAGCACGAAGGAGACCUGCAGUCACAAUUCGUUGUCUACCUCGAACAGUACCGCAACUUGGAGUACCUGGAGCAUGAACUGGCGAAGUUCAAUGCUGCUGAAGAUGCUCUACUAGAGGAGCAUGAGACACGGCUGCGUGUCAUGCGCGAGCGGCUACGCAAAGAGGAGCUCAACGCACUCCGCGGUGAGGCGAGCCGCAAGCGUGGAAGCCGUGGACGUGAAGCGGCUACCGAUAUGGCGCUGAGAGUGAUGAGCAGGGAGAGAGACCACCACUUGGAAGAUGAUGAUGAUGAUGAUGAUGAUGACGGCGAGGAUGACGAUGAUGGGCGCGGCGCACCUGCUCAAGCACGAGGCAGAUCUGCCCAUUUGCGGGUGCGCAAUGCGAUGGAGGAGGGCAGCAGCGUGAGCGAAACCAGUGAAGAAGACGUUGGCGAAAACAGGAGAAGGAGUGGUAAUAAUAACUCUCGCGGAGAGGAGCCGCCACGGCCGCAAGGGGCACUCGGACGCGCGCGACCAUCGCCCUCCGCAUCCGCCGAUGCAAGAGCUCGGCGUGCACAAGCAGAGGGCAGAGGCAGCAGCAACAAUUUUGGAAAUGGCAUGAACGGCGGCCACGAAUCAUCGGACAAUGAAGAGGGAUUGACGUCACACAUGUCAGGCAUGCGUAAGGCACGUGCCGCGGCGCCGAACACCUCAUCGGGUUACGCUCCAAUGUCUGCAGGGCGGGGCAGCGGUGUUGUUGUUGAUGAUGAUGAUGACGAUGAGGAGGAGGAGAGUGAGACGGACGUGGAUAGCGAUUCUACCUCCGACAUCGACACUUCUGACAUCAGCACCGACGACGAAGAAGAUGACGAUGAUGACGACAGCAGCAUUUAG